AUGAAUACGCUGCAAGUGGAGUAUCUACUGACGGGAGAACACGUUGGUGAGCAGUGCAGCGUGGUAAAGGAACGACGCGUACGAAAAGUGUGGCUAGAUAGAAUGUUGUGGGAAGAAGAUCAAAGUUCGCAAACAUCUUACAAAGCGUCUUCCGACCAAGUGGUUGUACUCAUGUAUGAUCUCAAAUUGGAUACGUUGCUUGGUCGAUUCGCACGACUUUGA